CUGAGAUUCUGUCAUUGGCUGAACCGGAGCUUGCCGUGCUGUGAUUGGCUGAGCGGCAGCCCGGCGGGCUGUGAUUGGCUGCGGAGGCUGUCAUUUCACCUCCCGCUGCCAAUGCUCUCAGCCGCUGACCCACUAACACAGAUCCCGGAGUCCGAGGCCACCUUGGGAGAGUCGAACCCCCGACGGUUUCCCGCUGUGUUGGACCCGCAGUCUGCCGAUGGAAAGUCCGCACCGCCCCCGCGUGCGCAGCCAGAGGGGGACACGGGGCCGACGGGCUGACCUGCUGUCCGGGAAGAGUGCCCGAGCUGAGUUCAACCCCCCAUGCUGUGCUGCUGAAGUCCUGGACCCUGCUGGAGCCUGAGCAUGCAGUCCAUCAAACAGGAGGAAGACUGCGGCGAGUACGGCCCGGACCGUGCUGCGGUUCUGGCCGUGGCCCUGCAGGGGCCUGACGGGGGCCACAGCCUCCCCCCCGCUCCUUUCAAGGCCAAAUCCUCAUGUCGCAGGAAGAGGGAGUUCAUCCCAGAGGAAAAGAAGGACACGCUGUACUGGGAGCGGCGCCGCAAAAACAACGAGGCGGCCAAGCGUUCCAGGGAGAAGCGGCGGAUAAACGACAUGGUUCUGGAGAACCAGCUGCUGGCGCUGGGGGAGGAGAACGCCGCCCUCAGGGCGGAGCUGCUGUCGCUGAAGUUGAGGUUCGGCCUGCUGAGCGCCGCGGCGUACUCUAAGGAGGUCCAGAAGCUGGUGCCCCACCCCCCCGUCAGCCCUUUCCCGGACCCGGCGCUGCCUGGUUCUACUCGGGGGGUCGUUAGCAGAGAGGAGGGGCCUCUGCAGCUCCGCAGCAGCUGCAUCUCUGUCAUCAGACACUCCCCCCUGAUGGACAGCCACGCUCUCUGCGGGGGGGCAGGCUUGAAGCAGGAACCUGAGGACGCCGGCUGCGCGCGGGAAGAGGGCGGUCCUUACAAACUCUACCAGCAGUGCGUGAUCAGCCGGCUGUCGGGGGUCUGCUGCCCCCCCGCUUCCUUCCUGCAGGUGACCGGGUCAUCCAGCAACUCCCCCCGCAGCUCUGACGACUGCGCCAUGAGCAAGUCCUCCGACGGCGAGGACGAGCAGCAGGUCCCCUCUGCAGCCGGCGCCAGGAGCGUCAUCGUCUCCGCCCUCAAAGUCCCGGAGGCGGGGCUAACGCCCAGCUCGGCAGCGCUACCGCACAAGCUGCGCCUCAAGUCCAGAAGCGUGCAUGUGAAGGCAGAGGUUCUCGACCCAGAGUACGAGGCUGCUGGGAGGUCCGCGGGCCUCCAGAACCAGCAGGCCCCCCCCUGCCCCCUGUCAGAGCAGCUCUCCAACAUGCAGGACUGGACCCAGCGGCCCCACAGCACCGCACGCCGGCCCAACCCGAGUGUAGUACCUGUCAGCACCUCUGAGUCAGAACCGCAGCCCAUCAGCGUGCACGUACGUGUGUGCACGUCUACAGAAGUGCCCUUAGGGAGCGGGGGGGCGGAUUUCACCCACUGCGCUGCACGGACGCUUUAUGACGAGGCAGCCCCCCCUGAAAACGGGCACUCGAGCAGCCCCGGUCGAUGAACACAGAACCGUCACAGAACCUCUGCUCUGGUUCUGGUUCUUUGUUCAGCACUGACGGCAACUAAAAGCGGGUUCAGAGGUUCGGUAUGGGGGAGGGAAUGUGUUGACCUUAAAUUCUGACAGAACCUGGAGUGCAGAGCACAGACGUCACUCCUCCCAGAGCUGAACACCUUCACCUAUUUUUAUAUCCUAAGUGCUUUUUUUUCUUGACUUCUUAUGGUUUCCUUCUCAUAAAGAUCAGAUGCUAAACCGCCUUUUUCCUCAUGCUCCGCCCCCACCUGCUGAUGAUCACCUGGAUCAGGUGUGUCCAGAGUUCUCCAUCGUUGGCUUUGGUCUGGAGUUGUCAAUCAGUAAUGUGAGGGUUCUUCAUCAGGUUCCUCUCUCUGGACUAGAGCUGCCACGAUUAGUCGACUAAUCGACGACUAAUCGACUAUUAAAAUAGUCGACGACUAAUUUAAGUCGAUUAGUCGUUACUUUAUAUUAUAUGGAGGGUAGUAAAGUUGAAAGU